GUGUGUGGACGACUGGGUGGACAGGAGGAAAGGUGGUGGCUUCUAAAAAGUCUGCUGGUGCUGGUCGUCUCUGCGAGUUCUGUCCACGGUUCUUCACUCAGCAAGCAGAGAAGGAUCGAAGACGGUAAUUUGCAGCUUCUGCUAUGGAGGGUGGGCCCUUUGUGUCCCGGCGGGCACUUCCUGGAAUUGUAGCUGUCCUUCUGGCCGCCUGCUGUCUUGGCCAUGUUGCAACUGUCUCUGGGUCUGACUCUGGGUCUCCCCCUGUUUCCCGACCCCGAUCAUUGGCUGAGACGGGCAUUAGGAAGGGUGCGGAGGCUGGUCAUCCUUCCAACACCAUAGCCAACGAGGAUGCAGAAGCUUGGGCUGCGUCGCACAGACAGCUGGACGAGCGGAUCAUCGGUGGAGGACCCGUCGUGAGGACUCAAGUUCCGUAUCAAGCCGCCAUUACCGUGUCCUUCGUCAAUGGUUCAUUUCUCUGCGGCGGCACACUUAUCCAUCCGGAAUUUGUCUUAAGUGCAGAUGCAUACAGGUUCGGCGGGAAAUGGGGUAGUGUUAGUCUGGACGAGCGGAUCAUCGGUGGAGGACCCGUCGUGAGGACUCAAGUUCCGUAUCAAGCCGCCAUUACCGUGUCCUUCGUCAAUGCGUCAGAAUUCUGCGGUGGCACACUUAUCCAUCCCCAAUUUGUCUUAAGUGCAGCACAUUGUCUCUUUGACGAGGGGAAGACUGCGUCUGCAUCCGACAUCACCAUCCGUCUCGGGUCCACCUCUGAAUCUGGCGGUCAGCUGUUGAAUGUGGUGAAGAUGUGGCGUUUCCCUGGCUACAAAGAAGUGAAAGGAGAUCCAGUGAAUGACGUGGUAUUGUUCAASCUGAACRAAGCUGUGGCCAUCACUGAUAAUGUCGUUCCAAUCAAGUUGGUUGUUGACGACAAGCCUCUGACCCCGUCAUCUGACUUGGUAAUCAGUGGAUGGGGCUAUAUCGAUACUAAGRAGACACCUCCCCAAAGUCUCUUAGCAGCUACAAUAGAUCACCUGCCUAACGGGUGUGGAAAAUAUGGCCCGAGAUUCAAGCCCGAUGUGAUGGUAUGCGCAGGCUGCAGUGCAGGGGGUGUUGACAYRUGUCAAGGCGACAGUGGAGGACCRGCUACCGCCUCUUCGUCCUCCAAGGGUUGUCCGAUCCUCGUGGGUAUCACCAGUUUUGGUGMCAGCUGUGCCGUGAAAGGUUUUCCUGGCAUUUACACACGGGUUCAAACCUUCGUCGACUGGGUGGAGAAGCAGGCUGGUGUGUCUUUCCGCAMCCASUACCCUCUCUCUCCCACAAGCAACUGUGAGACCUGUGGGGGGCAGGCGAAGAGGCCUUGCGGAUUGGUACCCUCUUUYGAUUUGAACCGGUGCAAGGUCGAGGCGUGGAUKUCGUAUGCCUUCACCUUCAGUCUCAAACCAUGUAUAUCUGGCAGGGCGUUCCCUGCAGGUCCUCGUGCUCCGGUGGAAGCCUACUUCAGCCCAGCCUCUUUUGGAUCUUUUAUUCCGAAUGGGGAUGUAUAUUUCCUACAAGGACUUCCAGGGGGGAGCACAACUCUGACGGUAGGAGGAGUUAAUGUCGUMGUAUCAAUGACUGGGCAGGUGACUUCUGUCCUGGCCACCGCAAGCGAGAACCGCUACUGGAGCAUGCUAUGGGCUCCGGACAUUAAUUCAGGUCCGAAGAUCUGCACCAAGUACUAUUCCUAUGCAGCAGUGUUUGUGUCCACGGACAAGAAACUGGUCCAGGUCUCCUACCCUGCUUCGUAUUCCAGCCUUUCCAGGUAGUGUGAGUUAUGUAAGUCAUUGUAGGAAAUGCAGUCCUAUAAAGUUUUUAGAACAUUGUCAAGAGAAAGGUGGGAAUAAAGCUGUGGGUCUCAGUUUGGAAACGGAUGGGGAAAGGAGAAGAGAUUGUUGUUUGAGUUGCCUCUUACGGGAGGUAGCAGUCAUGCCAGAUCUGAUCAGGUCAGGCAGAUUCAGGAGAAAGUUGCAGAACGGGAGCUGAUAGGUCCUUUUUCUGGCGAUCCUCAGUAUUUCCGGCCAUGAUUGAUCUUCAUCAUAUUUGGUUGCAUCUUUUGUUUGGCAGUAAAGGAAAAGAGGAGGAUGCCUGCUGCGGCUACAUGCAUGGCACACACCUGCUCCUCCUCCUCACCUUCGUUCCUCCCCCACGUCCUCCUCCUCCUCCACAUUUUCUGCCACAUCCUCUCCAUCCUGCUCUCCCAUAUCCCCCCUCCUCCUCUGGAUUAUUCUUCUGCCCCUCCUUCGCCACCGUGUCCCUCUCCUCCAGCUAGAGCUGUGUCGUCCUCGUACCUUCCCUCCUCCUCUGCCGUCUAUGCGGCCAAGCAAAAAAAAGGGAAAGCAGGCUUUACACACAAAAGAAAACAAAGUUCACCUCCUGAU